AUGAGGACAGAGGACGGCGCUAGUAGCUCGGCAACUGAGCGCUAUAAGCUCGACAUCGCUACAGUCGGCGGGACCCGGUUCUCCGAACAAGGACAAGUGGAGGAGGUGGGUGCCGGAUACACCUUAGCCUGGAGCGGUCGCCCCAAGGCAGUGCGACAGGACGCGAGCGUCGCCUUUGCCAUCCAGAACGACAUCGUUGGACGACAGUCCUGUCUGCAACAGGGCAUCAAAGAUCGUCUGGUGAGCCUCAGCCUGCCCCUCUAG